GGUACAUUAGCGGGGAUGAGGCGAUGGCGGCCGCGGACGGCAGGGAGACUGUGGGCGGUUUCCCGCUCCUCCUGCUUGUCCCCGGGCGGCGGGAGCGGGAGCGCGGGGCCUAUGGGGCCUGUGGGGCCUAGUGCCGGGGCCCAGCCUGUGGGGCCUGUGGGGCCUAGUGCCGGGGCCCAGCCUGUGGGGCCUGUGGGGCCUAGUGCCGGGGCCCAGCCUCUAUCUCCACCGUCCCGCCGGCGGCCGGCGCUGCUGCUGUUCCCGGGCCAGGGCAGCCAGCAGGUGGGGAUGGCCGGCUCCAUGCUCGCGCUGCCCCGGGUCAGGGACAUGUUCGCCGCCGCCCGGCAGCUGCUCGGCUACGACCUGCUCGACCUGUGUGAGCGCGGGCCCCCCCAGCGGCUGCUCCACACCCGCCACUGCCAGCCCGCCGUCUUCAUCACCUCCCUGGCCGCCGUGGAGGCGCUCAAUGCCCGGCACCCCUGGGUAAUUGAGCAGUGUGUGGGAGCAGCGGGCUUCAGUGUGGGAGAGUUUGCUGCUCUGGUAUUUGCCGGUGCCAUGGACUUCACUGAAGCUCUGUACGCGGUGAAGGUGCGCGCAGAGGCCAUGCAAGAGGCAUCGGACUCCACCCCCAGCGGCAUGCUCUCCGUGGUGGGGCGCGCUGAGACCCGCUACAACUACGCCUGCCUGGAAGCCCGCGAACACUGCAAGUCCCUGGGAAUUGAAGAGCCUGUGUGUGAGGUCGCCAACUACCUGUUUCCCAAUGGACGUGUGAUCGCUGGACACCUGCAGGCUCUUGAGUUUUUGCAGCAAAACUCCCGGAGGUUUCACUUGGCGCGGGCCAAACUGCUGCCGGUCAGUGGCGCGUUCCACACCCGCCUCAUGGCGUCGGCGGCCCCCGCCCUCCAGCGGGCCCUGCAGGACAUCAGCGUGGAGAAGCCCCUCAUCCCCAUCUACUCCAAUGUGGACGGCAAGAAGUACAUGCACGGCCCACACAUCCGGCGGCUGCUGGUCAAACAGCUGGUGUCCCCGGUGAAGUGGGAGCAGACCAUGCACGCCAUGUACGAGCGCCAGCAAGGCACCGACUUCCCCGACACCUUUGAGGUGGGGCCAGGGAAGCAGCUGGGCACCAUGUUGAAGCAGUGCAACAUGAAGGCAUGGCGACAGUAUCGACACCUCGACAUGGAGCCGACCGACCAGAGUGAAGAGGAGUGAAGUCUUUCCAACGUCCCCCUUGCACAGGGACUGACCAAAGAUGCCUCGCUCUUUACGCCAGAUCUAUAACGCCAACGGCAACGGAGAGACUGAUGAGUUGUGGACAUUCUCUCCGUGCUGUUAUGGACAUCCACACUUGCAGAACCUAACACAGACACAAAAAGCUGGAGUAACUCAGCGGGACAGGCAACAUCUCUGGAGAGAAGGAAUGG